AUGAAGGCUGCCGUGACGACGGGCACCGAAUCGACGACCGAACAGACGAUUCGAUACAUCAUCUCGUCCAUCAUCGGGCUCACCAUCGUGCUCAUGUCGUUCUUCCAGUUCCAAGCGACCAACCCGUCGUUCGUGCCGCCGGACGCAUCGCCCGCGCUCGCGCCCAACUCGUGGGAGCUGCCCGUCUUCAUCGGCUUUGUGCAGCUGAUCUCGGCGCUCUCGCUUGCGAAAUACGCCAAGGUGCCUCAGACGUUCUACAUGAACUUUCUCGACUCGCUCUCGUGGCUCAACUUUCUCAUCCGCGGGUCCGCGCCGGCCAAGGCGCCGAGCGCCGUCGCUAGCGUCCAGCUCACGCGCCGCGAACUCGCCACCUCGCUCUCGUCGUCGUACGACGCGACGGGCUUUAUCCAGUUCUCGCUGCGCUCCAACGUCUCGGAGCACGACUGGUUUGUGCGGCUGUGGACGGCCUUGAUCAUCGUCGUGGCCGUGCUCCUCGUCGCCGUCGUGGUGACCGGCCUCAGCCCGUUCAACACCAACUCGAGCGACUCGCACCGCAAGUCGGCGAGCCUCCGGUCGGUGUCGUACCGCCUCCUUGGCAUGGUCGUGCUCGUCGUCUACUUCGCCGCGCUUCCGAUCAGCAUGAUUUGCAUGUUUGAGAUCCUCGAAGACGCGACAACGACGGGGUUCCCACACACGAUGAGUGUGCUCGCGAUCGCGACGCUCCUCGCGCUCUACGUCGGCGUCGGCGUCGGUGCGUACAAGCUCAUCGAUGCGACCGAGGCCGGUCUCUCUCGCUGGGCAACGCGCGCCGUCUUUGGCGUCGUCUACGCCAACUACACGUACCAGGCGCGGCUCUUCCUCUGCGCGACGGCGCUCGCCAACUCGGUCACGGGCAUUCUGAUUGCCGCGAUCACCGCCAACUCGCUCACGCAGCUGCUCGCGCUCAUCGUUGUGCGCAUGGUGUACCUCCUCGCGAUGGUGGUCGUCCGGCCCUUCACGUCGGCGCUCCAGUUUGGCUUUGCCGUCGCGAUGGAGGUCUUGCUCCUCGUCAUCUUGGGUCUCUCGGCGGGCAUGACGGGCGACAUCACGGUCGACGCGCAGAUCCACCUCUCGUACGCGGUCAUCAUCCUUGUCUGCGCGUUCUGCAUCGUCAUGUUUGUGCGCCAGCUCGUCAUGCUGUGGCAUUUCUCGAGCGCGUGGGCCAAGGACGAGGGCACGCACUCGUCGCGCGUGCCGACGCUGCACGACCACGACGUCGAGAGCAGCAUGCACUACACCGUCUCGCUCCCGCGCUCCAACAACUCGAACAUCCUCGCCACGAGCCCGAUGAACACGAUCCGUAUCGCCGACUCGGGCGGCCGGUUGUAG